ACCAGUAACCCCCUAGCUUCAACCUAGAAAGUAAAAACUAUUCAAAAUUUGGGUACUACCUUGUUUAGCAUUUACACAGGCCUUUUUCUGGUUUCGCCGCUUCCAGAGCCAUUUGUGAGUCCGAAUUAGCUGAAGGGCCCUUCGUCAGAGCUUCCUGGCAGCAGUGUUAUUUUGCCCCAAGGUGACGCAGCUUGAGCAUGUGUCCCAAGUGUUGCUGUGACAGCGUCAGUGAGGGAAGAAGUCUCCAUCUGAAGCCAGUUGCUGUUUUAGAGACCAAAAGUAAUGCUUUAGGCGAGGGAAGCCAACAGUUAGUUAAUGCCUACCAUAGGGCAUUGGUAUCUCAAGUUCAGCCUCCUGACAUGUUACCCCAAGCAACAAACUGCUCUUGAUAACUCUCUUUGGUUUUGUUCUGAGUUAUGUGAGGGACAACCAAAGUUAGUGACCUUAGCUUAUUGUCCUAUCUUUUUCUGUGAUGUGCAGCUUUUCGAAGAAGUUCCGUCGUUCUUUUGGCGUUAAGCAACUGCUUCAAACCAUUGCAGGGCAUGGAUGGAGGUCACUUUCUAGUAAACCUGCUCAAAACUUACAUAUAGGCAAAUCUGGAGCUGGCUUUAGCUUUGAACUUAGUGAUGAACAGAAAGAGUUUCAAGCUACUGCUCGUAAAUUUGCUGUGGAGGAAAUUAUUCCUGUUGCUGCACAAUAUGACAAAACUGGAGAGUAUCCUCUUCCACUUAUAAAACGGGCUUGGGAACUUGGUCUUAUGAAUUCACACAUACCAGAAAGCUGUGGUGGUCUUGGUCUUGGCACUUUUGAAGCAUGCCUUAUUACGGAAGAGUUAGCUUAUGGAUGUACAGGAGUUCAAACUGCCAUUGAAGCAAAUUCCCUAGGGCAAAUGCCAGUAAUCAUUGGAGGAAAUGAGCAUCAGCAGAAAAAAUACUUGGGAAGAAUGACAGAGGAACCACUGAUGUGUGCUUACUGUGUAACAGAGCCCGGAGCAGGUUCUGAUGUGGCUGGUAUAAAAACAAAGGCUGAGAAGAAAGGAGAUGAGUAUGUUAUUAAUGGUCAGAAGAUGUGGAUCACAAACGGUGGGAAAGCAAACUGGUAUUUUUUGCUAGCUCGUACUGAUCCAGAUCCAAAAGCUCCUGCAAGCAAAGCCUUUACUGGAUUCAUUGUGGAAGCAGAUAGCCCUGGAAUCCAGAUUGGAAGAAAGGAAAUGAAUAUGGGUCAACGCUGCUCAGAUACCAGAGGUAUUGUCUUUGAAGAUGUGAGAGUCCCAAAAGAAAAUGUGUUAAUAGCUGAGGGAGCUGGCUUUAAAAUUGCAAUGGGAGCUUUUGAUAAGACCAGACCACCUGUAGCAGCUGGUGCUGUUGGAUUAGCAAAAAGAGCACUUGAUGAAGCUACUAGAUAUGCUUUGGAGAGAAAAACCUUUGGGAAAGCAAUUGUUGAACACCAAGCAGUGUCUUUCUUGCUUGCUGAAAUGGCAAUGAAAGUGGAACUUGCUAGGAUGGCUUACCAGAGAGCUGCAUGGGAAGUUGAUGCUGGUCGCAGGAAUACCUACUAUGCUUCCAUUGCAAAGGCAUUUGCUGGUGACAUUGCAAACCAAGUAGCUACAGAUGCAGUACAGAUUUUUGGAGGAAAUGGAUUUAAUACUGAAUAUCCUGUAGAAAAACUAAUGAGAGAUGCUAAAAUCUACCAGAUUUAUGAGGGAACUGCUCAGAUUCAAAGGAUGAUCAUAGCUCGAGAACACAUUGGCAAAUUUAAGGCUUAAAGAAAUGUAUAAAGCGUGUCUGGCGUUGCAGUACUGUUCUCUGUUCCCAGGGAAGAGGACUUUAGUGCAUUUCUCAAUAGAACUAAAAAGGCAUGGAUAAAAAAACUUUCCUUCAAAAUCUUUUUAUUCUAUACAUUAUUAAGGACUACUUCUGUUCUCCCUGUCCAGUCCAUCUCUUCAUUACUGACUAGCAAAGCUGGUAUUUUCUAAAUGUUCUGAAUUCCAAAGUAAUUGGUUGUUCAAAUACAAAAUGGGCAAGAAAUGAGAACCUCACAAUGCAAUGUUUUCUUAUUAUAAAAUCAGACGGCUCAGAAUGUUGUUUCUGACAGUCAUUGCUGCACUCUAAUAAAUUUUUUUUAAGAGAAGU